AUGGAUUAAAGAGAUUAAAUUCAGAUUUCAUUAAAGGACUACGCAGAGCUUAUAGAAAAUCGUAAAAGAGUACUAAGAAGUAAUACUAACACUGGUAGCAGCAAUCAGCAAUAACCAGCUUAAAAUAAUACUUCGUCUUAAGCAACAACUUCAAUCAAUGAUAGGAAGAAUGAUAAAAGCUCUAAAAUUAAAAAGGGAAGCGUAUAAGAUGAAGAACCAGAUAUUUAAAAGAAAAUAAAAAUAAGCGAUUAAGACAACUUAGAUAAGUCUAAUCAAAGCAGCACUAAUAGUGAAAAUUAAAAGAGUAGUUUGAACUCUGCUGCAAAUUAGAAUAUUUAAUCUAUUUAGAAUGAUGAAGUGUUUGAAGAGAUAUUUAAAAAGUUUGUAGAUUUAGAGCGCGAUGCUUUUUUGGACAUCCCAGAGUUAAAUAGCACUUUACAUGGAUAGUUUUAUUUAAAAGAUAUGAAUAAAAUAGACGCUCCUUAUUUAUAAGAUUCUUUUGUUAAAGUUUAUUCUGAAUCAUAAAAUUUGAUUACUAUUUCAAAUGGAUAUGUCUAGCAAGGAGCUAAUAAAAAGAAAAAGAGGUUUAUGACAAUUUAGUCACAAAAAGAAUCUAAAACUUUUACAUAAGUAUGUGACUGCUCUAAACAAGAUAUAUUAAUACUUUAAAAUAUAGCAUGUCUAUCUAUGGAUCAUUAAUCAUUUUUAAAGCACAUAAGACCUAAUGAAAAAUCAGUAUAUUAAUUUAGCGAUUUUGCAGAUCCAAACAUUAAUUAAGUGUUAUGGCCUGUUGUUUUACUAUCUUGUUAUGGACCCCUUAAGGAUAACAUUAGGGAUUUAUUUACAAAUGAUUCUUAUACUAUUAAUGAUACUUGGGAUAUCUUUAAAUUUGGUAAUUAUCGAAAGGAUUCUGCUUUAGAUGAGUAAAAUGAUGAAAAUAAAUUAAAAGGCUAAAAGGAAAAGGAUAAAAAUUUUGAAAGCCAAAUGAAUAUAGAGUCACUCUCUUAAAUAAAUUUCCCUUCAUAAUAGCAAAUCCCUCUUUAAAGAAGUUUAUCUGUUUAAUAUUAAUAAAACGAUGUUCUUAUAUGGUUUAUUGGCACUAAUAGAUAUUCUAUAGUAAAUAUGUCUCAGCUUAUGAAAGUGGAAGAUAUGAAUAAAGAAUUUGUGAAGGAAAUUUUUAAAAAGACCAAAUUAAGGGAUAUUACAAAAACUCUUGUUGAUUUAAUUAAAUCUUAUAACCAGGUUACAAAUAGGAACAAAGAAUUUGUCAUCACGGCUGAAAACUGUAAAUAAAUGAUCCAUCGUAUUGUCAAAAUAAGAAAUAAUAAGCAAUUCAAAAAAAAAGCUCCUCAAGUGACUUCAAAUGAUGAUUUUUAUUAUGCAGUCAUUUUAAGAUUUUAAGAAAAUAGAUAAAAAUAAACAAUGCAGCUUUUAAUUAAGAACUUAGAAACUUCCAAACUUCAUUGGAUUAAUCUAAAUUAAUCAGAAAGAAAUAUUAUAACCUCACUAAAUAUCCCAGCUCUUGGUCCUCAAGAAUUAAAGUUUAACUACUAUCUUGAUAUUUAGUAAAAGGAAUCUAUUAAUCCGAAAGAAAUUGCUCUUUCAUUCAUCAAUAGAUUUUUGUUGAGAUGGUUUUAUGAAAAAAGUGCAAUAACACCUUUAAGAGACGCAGAAGUAGACAGACUUUUAUAAUAAUCUAUUAGGGAAAAAGAAUUUUACACUUUCGAAAAUAUGCCAGAAAAAAAAAGAAACAAAGAGCGUUGCACUGUUUGUAAAUACAUUUUGUAUAAUUUGGAAUUUAAAGGUUGCUUUUAUUGUGGAGCAUAUUAUCACACUCAAUGCAUUCUCUAAGAAGAGGAUAACCGUAACUAGCAUUUUGCAUGUGAUACUUGUGAGCCAUGUAGUAUUUGCCACGGGAAAAUAACUGAUGAUAAUAUUACAUGCUGUGAGUGUAAAACUCACUUUCACAAAAAGUGUGGUUUCUCAAUAGCUUAUGAUAUGAAUACAAGUGAUAAAUAAAUUAUGAGGUGGUAUUGCGAAUCUUGUGUUUAAUGCUGUAUUUGUAAUAAUAAGCUAUCUGAUUUUCAAAAUGGAUAUUCUUUUAAAGAUGAUUAAAUUUACUGCAAUGAUUGUAAUGAGCAGCUUUAAAAGAAAGAGUAUUGCCCUAUUUGUAAAAAAUUUUGGUCUUAAGAAACUAACAAAGAUAUGGUUCAGUGUACUUGUGCUAUGUGGAUUCAUAGAGCAUGUGAUCCGAUUUUAAAAGAUGAUAAACUUUAUGAUGAAUAUAAAAACAAUUUAAGGCAAUAAUAUCGUUGCACUAAUUGUAGAAAAAGAGUUAGAAGAGUUUUAAUGUGUCAAUUUAUAAAAGUUCUUUCACAUUUAGAUUUUUAGAAAUUUUUUACCAAGAAUGAGUUUGAAAAAAUACCUAACUACCUCAAGCUUAUAAAGAAGCCCAUAGAUUUAUAUAUGAUGCAGAGAAAAGCAAUCUCUGGCGAUUAUGAUAAUGAACCAUAUGAGCAACUUUACAAGGACUUCUUGCUUCUCAUAUAAAAUGCACUGAAUUUUAAUGCUCAUCAUCCAGAAGCUUAUAGAGAGGCCACAAAAUUAAAUUUACUAGGGAGAACUGCAUUUUAAUAUUUUUAAAAUCUUUUAAAAAUUGAUGAAAAAGAGCUGAUAACAAUGACUGAAAAAACAUCUAUUUAAGGAAAACAAGUCGAAUUCAUUAAAUAUGUUGAAUAAAACUUCUUAAAUAUUGUAUUUAGCGCCUCUGCUUAAGCAAAUAAAUCGCUAACCACUAUUGAAAUCUAUAACAAAUAAAGUGAGAGACAACAAUCUAAUUAGAGUUAAAUAAUUGAAGAACCAAUUCAAAAUAAAAGAGAACAAGAAAAUUCUGCUUAAUAUUAAGAAUAUUUGAGAGAUGUUUAAAAAAUGGAAGAAAAUAAUAUUAAAUAAUUUAAAUACACUGAAGUUAGUAAUUUAGUUGAGUAAGGAGAUGCCAUAUAUAACUAUCUAUCUUUCCUUUAACAAUUGAUGAACGAAUCCAACUAAAUUAUUGUAAAAUUUGAAGAUAUUUGUAAGAUAUUUGAGCAUAUUGCUUCGAAAGGUAAAAACGAAAUAAAAUACAUCUAAUCAGUUUUAAAAAAUGAAACUUUAAACAAAAUUGUUAAAUACAACCAAUAUUUAAAUGAUCUCAUGAACAACAAUACUCUUGAUGAAUCGAAUGAAUAAAAUUAAUUGGAUAAUGCACAGUCAGAUAAUUCUUCCUAAGAAGGAGGGGUUUCAAGUUAAUUUAUUUCAUUCCAUCAUGCUUUGAAAUUAGAAAUUGAAAACUUCAUAUAAAAAGGUAAACCAUUUAGCUUUUAUGAAUGCGUGCCUGUAAAAUUUACAAAUCAAAAUAUCAAUUUGCUACGAUAAAGUUGUUGCUUUAUGUGUGGGGCAUUCGAUGGUUAUAAAUCAUUACUUUUUUGCACAAGCUGCUUCGAAUCUUAUCAUCCCUAUUGCCUUAUGAUUCCAGGAAGAUAAGAAUAUUUCAAAGAAAAAAUGGAAAGAGCCAUGAACAAUAGGGAAUGGAACUGUCCUAAAUGCUAGGUCUGCAAAGUUUGUAGUAAGGGUCCUAACAUUACAAAGAAUCUUUUUUGCAGAAAAUGUGAUGCUAUGGUUCAUUUUGAAUGUGAAUUUAAAGACGUUCAAGUAUGGAAUGAAUCUAAAAAUGAACUUUACUGGUAGUGCUCAGAUUGCUUUAAUUGUGCCAAAUGUUCGUCAAAAUCUUUAAUUGAUGAAUCAGAUAAACAACUCAUGAUCAAUUUAGAUUUUACUGAUAACUUUUCAUUAUGCUACAAAUGUGGUUUUUUGGACGCUUAUUACAGAUUCUGUAAAUUUUGCAACAAAUAUUGUAAAAAAAUACCAACUUUACCUAAGCCCGCUAAUUAGCAACCUCUUGAUGACCUAUUUUAAGAGAAAAGCGUAAGGCUAAAAUAUUUAGAUUAAUAUCUUGAAGAAGUUCUGUAUCAGUGCAAACUGUGCUAAUAAGUUUACCACAAAAAAUGCUUUGAAAAAGCUUAUCCAGAAUAUAUUUAGUAGUUCUUUUGCUAUACAUGCAAAGACUCAAAUCAAAGUUACAUGUAAAAGAUUUAUGAAAAUAGCUUAAUUAGCACUAAGUGUAGGAUUAUCCAUAUCCGUAAAGUGUAAGAGUUUCUUCCUAUAGUUGAGCUAAUAAUAGAAAAGUAGGCUUAAACUUACAAACUAAACAGGAAAGACAUAGGUGAUUUCAUAGCAGAAUAUUUACAUUAUUUCGAAAGCGAUUAAUUUGGUAUUUAUAAAUAAAAUACUAUGGCUUAUGACAAACUUUGUUAACAACUAAGAGAUGAAGGAAUUCUGAUAACACCUUAUAACAUUAAAUAAAUGGCUAUAUAUGAUGAAAAGGUUAUUUCACAAACAAUAGAGCAACUAAAAAAUAAAAAAUCAUUUUGGAGAGACACAUAUAUCUAAUCCAAUUAAUUUUAUUAUAAAUCAGAAUAAAUUUAUUCAAUAGCUUACUUAGAUUUGUAUAAAAGAGGAAUAACAGCUCCAGAAACAGCAGAAAUUGCAUAUAAAUUUUCAUUCGAAUCUAAUGAAGGCGUAUUUAGACAACUUCAGUAUAGCAUUUUCAAAUUUGAGUUAAAAGAAUCAAUCAGAUAUGAUUACAGAUAUGAUGAAAAUGGAUAAUUAGAAGUUAUUUUUAUUGAAAAUGAUAGAAGACAUCCUCUUCAUUUCAUAAAAGAGGAUUAAUUUUAAGUAUUUUAACAGAAAGUACAACAAGUUAUUAGAGAAAGGGGACUAUCAAAUCAAAGCUCAUCUUAAGCUAUAUAAUUCCCUUCAAGAGAUGGAUCUAAUUAACCUAUGGAAAUAGAAGAUAGUAACCAACCUAGUGAAUAAUUAAUACCAAUUGCACCUGUUAAAUUAUCUUAAAAUAGAUUUUAGCUUUCUCUCGUUUACUCUUCAUACUUUAAUCAAACAAUACUUGACUUAUAAAUGAAAAUUUAAUAAGAAAAUAGCCAAUAUUAAAAAUGUUUUAAAACAUAUAUUAACAUUCCUAUAUUAGAAGAAAAGAGCACUGUUUAAUUAUCGACUGUUACUGGAAUAAAUAAAAGAAGGGAUAUUGCUUAGUGUAUAAUCUUAUUGCAAGCUUAAGAAGAAUAACUUGUUGCUUCUGUUAGACAAAUGCUUGAUGAGUUUAUGGAAAAGAAAAAAGAUAAAACUAAGAUAUCUCUUACUCAAUAAGUUUUAAAUUCAUAUCAAAAUUUUUCUAAGAGUAUACUUGGAUCUGUUUAUUAAACACCUAUGUCAUAUUAAGAAAUCAUCAAUUAAUUCAGAGAAGCUUAGAAAAAAUUAAUUCUUGUUGAUAAUAAUAUAAUCGAUGAUCCUAUGAGAGAAAUACCUUGCUAGUUAUGCUCUCUAAAAGGUACAAGAAAAAUGUGUGGAAGGCUUCUCAAUUUCGAUGUUGAUAAAUGGGUUCAUGCUAAUUGUGCUCUUUGGAGUACAGAAGUUAAAGAAAAUAUAGAUGGUGCUCUAAAAAAUUUCAUACCAGCUUACAAAAAGUCUCUAUAAGUGUAAUGUAAACAUUGUAAUAAAUUUGGAGCCACUAUCUCUUGUAUGAUAGCUAGUUGCAAAGAUAAGUACCAUUUCCCUUGUUUAUUGAAAUCAAAUGGUUUUAUGACAGAUCAAAAAACCGUUCUUUGCAAGAGCUGUUGGGAUAUAAUCCUUAAAAACGAUGACACUGAAAUUAUUUUAAAAAUGCAAUAUUUAAAAUUGGUCAACAAUUUUAACACAGAUAGAAGAAUUUUUAUAUCACUUACAAAAUAAGAAGGAGGAAACAUCGAUUUUAGUGGAGAGUGCUAUAAUAGAUUUGGUUCUUUUAUACUUGUCAAUCUUGACACACAAGAAACAAAUGAUGAUGAAUUUUUCUCAUCUUAUUUCUUUAUGAGAUACAUUAGACCUUUUGUUUCACAAAAAUAUCAGUCUUAUGUUACUGCAUUUUGGUUGAAAAAAAAGAAAGAUGAAUAUAUUUUAAAAUCUUGUUUGCUUGCAGAAACUAACAAAAUAUUUUCAUAGACAAAAAAUAUUGAUGAAAACAAAAAUGAAUUUUCAAUAGAAAAAGAUAGACCAUUCACUAAUGAAUUAAGUGCCAACAUAAAAAAUUUAGCAGGAUAUAAAGAAAUAAGCGAAUCAAACAAUAAUAUACCUAGAUUUACUAACAAUGUAUUGAAAGAUAAAGAUAUAUUUAAUCAUGACCAACUUGAUUGCUUCACUUCAUUAAAAGGUAUACAAUAGCUCCUCUAAGAAAAGAUAAAUUAAAUAUACUAAAGAUACAAGGGUGAUUAACCUAAUAAAAGUACUGAUGUUAACAAAUUUGUUAUGGAAUACAUUGGUUUUGGUAUUCCUCAAAUAGUCAAAGCUUGCUAAUAGUCUUCAAAAUAAAAUAAAAAUAACAAUAUAUUCUAGAACAUUUAAAAUAUCAAAGUAAACUCGUUUUAAGAGCUCUUUUACAAAGAGUAAGUAGAAAAUUUUAACCCAUUUGAAAAGUAGAAACUAUUAGAAAAAAUGCAUCCCACAAUCAUGUAAAAUUAAAAAUAGUAACAAUAAUUACAAAACUUAGGAUAGUAAUAAAUGAAUUCAAAAGAAAAUUAGUAGUCUUCACAUUUAAAUAUUCCAAUUUUACAGCAUUUAAGUAAUAAAAAAUAAGGUUUUGUCCACUUCCAAAAGCAGAGCUAGAAACCUAUUAUGGGAAAUAAUUAUUUCAUCAGACCCGAUGAUAUUAUGCUAGAAGCUAAUCCCGAUUACAUGAAAUAAGAUACUCGUUAAACGAUAAGAGAAAAAGAAAUAGAAAAAAAGAUUAAAGCAGAAUAUCCGAAUUACAUAAAUAGCAAAAAGAGACAUCUAAAUAUUUAUGCUGGUCCUUCUAAAAUUCACAAAUAUGGGUUAUUUGCAAAAACUUACUUUAAAUAAGACGAUAUUGUUGUUGAAUAUCUUGGUGAAACAAUUAGAUAAGUUCUUGCAGACUAUAGAGAGAAGAUAUACAAAUAAAGAGGUUUUGGAGAUUGCUAUAUGUUCAAAGCAUGCCCUGAUAAAAUUAUUGAUGCCACUUUUAAAGGGAAUGAAGCCAGAUACUUAAAUCACUCUUGCAAUCCAAAUUGCUCCAGUUUAGUUAUUGAAUACGAAAAAGAUUCAAAAAUCAUAAUUUAUGCAAAGAGAGAUAUAAAACCUGGAGAGGAGCUUACAUAUGAUUACUGCUUUGAUAUAGAAGAAGAGAAGAUUAACUGUAACUGCAAUGAUCCUAAUUGCACAAGAAUAAUGAAUUGA